AUGCUUAUAUUAAUAGAUAAAAACAUGAAUAUCGAAGAAGAAGUUGCAGAUAUUCGCCCUCAUGUAAAUGAACUAGUAGUUAAAGGGAACGAAAUAAGCAUUAUUACAAAAGAAGGAAUCGAAAUUGAUGUUGAAAUGAACACAAAUGGGAUUAGGGUUAUUAGGGCAAGCAUAGAAAUUCAAAGAAAUGCCUAUGAUGACGUAAAUCAAAUGCUCACUGAAGUUUCUGAAGCUUAUAGAGAUUCUUUUUCGCAAGAACUUAUGAAUAAAUUGAUGGGUUUAACUUAA